UCUCACUCAACCAUACCAAACCUCAACAUCACUCACCACUCCAUACCACAACAACGUCCAGCCAUGCCUUCCUCUAUACUGUCUGCCUCUAGACCAGCAAGCUGGAGGCCCGUGGGCAGCAGCAACAAUUUCGUCCGACCAGGUCCCCGACUGGUCCUCCCAGAGGCAGAACGCAUCAGAAGCGAGGCUGCCAUGAAGGCUCUGGCGGAAGACCUCCGCAUGUUCCAAAUAAUGGAACGAAGCGAAUUCAUCAUCAUGCCCAAGUUCAGGAAGCAGGAAAAGGCCAUGAUGAAGUGGUUGGCACUUGGAAAGGAUCAGGGUAUCCCCCUAAGGGAGUCUCCGUCGGGAUCUGGAGGUACUUCAGACCAGGUCUGUGUAGACGUGGAUGACCCGGAGGCAGACCGAGUCGAAAACGAUCUGGAAUCACAAGGCUAUCAAAUGACGGAGGAGUUUGAACAAUCAGACAAUGAGGAGCAUUAUGUAGACAAUGACCAGACCGAUGCCUAUUACGCUGACGGACCUUGUACCUACCAGUAUUGA